UCCCACUUAACACGAUCCUCAAAUCUCCAAACGCAGCCCGCCUUUUACUCAACCUAAUAAUGUCACAGCCAACAGGAAGAGUCCUCCUUACAGGCGCCAACGGCUUCAUUGCCGCCCACAUUCUCUCCCAGCUCAUCGAGCAUAAAUACUACGUUAUUGCUACCGUUCGCUCCGAAUCGAAAGCCCAGGAACUGAUUGCACUCCAUCCGCAAUGGAAGCCACAUGUCACAUUCACUUACGUUCCGGAUCUUACUAAAGAGGGGGCCUACCAAGCUGCAUUCGAAGUAGGCGAUGUCGACUAUGUUAUCCAUGCCGCCAGUCCGACAGAUUUCUCCGUUACGGAUCUGCAAGAGCAGAUGAUUAAACCGGCGGUUGAAGGGACCGUCGAACUCCUGUCUUCUGCUCAUAAAUAUGGUAACUCAUCGCUGAAACGAGUAGUCAUACUCGGCAGCGCAGCAGCAGUUCUCGAUAGCUUUGAAUACACCGUUAAACCACGAAAGCCAUACACCGAGACUGAUUGGAAUCCUAUCACAGUAGAGCACGCCGUCAAGCAAGGCAACGUCGUCCUCGCCUACUGUGCCUCUAAGACCCUCGCCGAGCGAGCCGCAUGGAAGUACAUGACCGACCACACACCUCACUUCGAUCUCACAGUUCUCGACCCCGUCACCACCAUCGGCCCAAUGCUCCAACCUGUCUCCGGCCCCUCCAACAUCAACGGGUCGAACCUCUUCGACGUCUAUUCCUUCGUUGCCGGACAGCACCAGUCGGUGGAAGCCGCCAGAUUUCCGUUCUACCAUUUCAUCGACGUCCGCGACGUAGCGCGCGGCCACAUCCUCGCACUGACCGCGCCUGCCGCGUCAAACAAGCGCAUCAUUCUUUCCUCCGGCCUCAUCACGCCGCAGCUCGUGGCGAACGCCAUCCGGAAGAACUUCCCGGAUCUGAGGGAGAAGGUGCCGGAGGGAACCCCGGAAGCGAUAGUGCCGGUGGAUACGCACCCUGGCGAUUGGGAUACGGGGAGGAGUCGUGAGGUUUUCGGUGCUGGGUGGGAGUGCAUUGGUCUGGAGGAGUGUGUGAGGGAUGCUGUGGGGAGCUUUUUGGAGUAUCAAGAGAGGUGUCUCUGUGCGCACCAUCAUGGGAUUUAUGGUGGAAGAACAACGGAUCAUGAAGGUUCACACAUCACGCGCAUCACAGUGUGGCAAGCUCAAGAAGUAUCUUCAGUCACGAGCCUCCAAUGAAAGGCUCCAAAUCUCGAUUUCUCGCGCACCGUCAUCAUCUCCUUUGCACGUACUCUGCUGCUUCAUAAUUAUGCCCUGCAAACA